AUGGCUCAACAGUCGAAGAAGAGGAAGCAGAUUCAGGUCAACGAGUCAGAGACCAAAUCUGAGGAUGAUCAACCCCUGAGGUCGCAGCAGGAUGUCGGAAGGAGGUCGGGCAAGGAACCCGCGGAUGAGAAAAUUGCUGCCGACAAGGCUCUGCUCGCCAUGAGAAUGUCCCUGGAGAAGGCUCAGCUGGGAGCCACGAAGGGGGAAAAUGAUCUGAAAGAGGAGAUCGCGAAGCUCAAACAGAGCCUGGAAGACGCCAAAGCGGAAAGAGCGCUGUCCGCUGAGGCAGCGAACAGAUACUUGAACCAAAAGACGGCCGCUAUGCGUACAGUGGACUUCCAAAAUACGGAGCUUGAGCGACGUGCGGAGGAAGUAAAAGAGCUUCAGAAGACAACCGCUAGACUCUCCAAGGAGGUCGGAGAGAAGGACCAGGAGCUCCAGACAACCUUAAUGCGGGCUCAGCGAGCAGAACAAGAAAUGGAGGCCUCCGAAAAGAGAAGGCUAGCUCUUGAGGUCGAGCUCCAGGAGAGUUGGGGAAAGGUUGCUUCCCUAACUGAAGAAAUGCGGAGCCAGUCAGAGGAGGUCGAGGAUAAGGCUGUCGACUGGGCGAUCCGGUCCAUCUAUGCCCUGCGACCAAAGAACCCAAAUCUGGAUAUGUCCGACCUCCCGGGGGACUGA